GAAGCAAACGUUAUCCAAAGCAAACGCAUGAAACAGAGCCCUACUUGUUCCAGCUUCUAUUUGGCCACACUCCUGCUUGUUUACGGUUCCUCGGAGAAAAGGUAGGGAUCGGAUCGUCGGAGGUGCGGGAAGAUGACGGACACGACCGACGACAUCGCGGAGGAGAUUUCGAUGCAGGCCUUCGAGGACGACUGCCGCCUCCUGGGAAGUCUCCUCCAGGACGUCCUCCACCGUGAGGUCGGACCCCGCUUCAUGGAGACCAUCGAGCGCAAGCGCGUCCUCGCUCAGUCUGCGGUUAAUAUGCGAUCGAUAGGUAUGGAGGAGGCGGCCAAUUUGCUAGAUAAGCAGCUUGCGACGGACAUAUCGAAGAUGACCCUCGAAGACGCGGUGUCGCUUGCUCGCGCGUUUAGCCAUUACCUCAACUUCAUGGGCAUUGCAGAAACCCACCACAGGGUUCGCAAGGCACGCCAUGAUGAAAACUUAUCAAGAUCGUGUGACGACACAUUCAACAAGUUGAUUCAGACUGGCGUUUCCCCGGAAGAGCUGUACGACACUUUCUGCAAGCAGGAGGUUGAAAUAGUAUUAACUGCGCAUCCCACCCAAAUAAACAGGCGUACCCUGCAAUACAAACAUGUUAGAAUAGCGCACCUUCUGGAGUAUAAUGACAGACCUGAUCUAAGCCAUGAAGAUAAAGAAAUGCUGAUAGAAGAUCUGGUACGGGAGGUCACUGCAUUAUGGCAGACAGAUGAAUUAAGACGUUAUAAACCUACUCCUGUUGAUGAAGCGAGAGCUGGUUUGCACAUAGUUGAGCAGUCACUUUGGAAAGCUGUACCACAUUAUCUCCGUCGUGUCAGCAAUGUUUUGAAAAAGCACACUGGUAAGCCACUUCCACUAACUUGCACACCUAUAAAAUUUGGUUCUUGGAUGGGUGGUGAUCGAGAUGGAAAUCCGAAUGUUACAGCAAAAGUUACCAGGGAUGUUUCAUUGCUGUCACAGUGGAUGGCAAUUGAUCUUUACAUUCGAGAGGUUGAUAAUCUAAAAUUUGAGUUAUCUAUUAACAGAUGCAGUGAUACAUUGGCUAAGUUGGCACAGGAAAUCUUACUCCAAGAAUCAGAAUCAGAGGACUUGCAUUCUGAAAAAUGGAAUUCAAGCAUAAAUCAAACCCUGCUAAAGCAUCAAAAUCAGCAUAUAUCUGCAUUGCCAGCACAGCUUCCUGCUGGUGCAUAUCUUCCAGCUUGCACAGAAUGCAGUGAUGGAGGGUCUGAAUAUCCUGUAGUGAAAGUUCCAGGCAACAUUAAUCGUCAGAAUGAUAAAAAGUCUCCAGUUCAACUGAGUUUGUCCUUGCCAAAAACUGAAGAUGGUGGUUCUUUAGCUAGCCCUACUAGCCAGUCAUCAGUAACAGGGUCUCAAAAAUUGAAUAGGUCAAGUUCAAGUCAGCAUCCUGCACAAAGGAAAUUAUUUGUUGAAUCUCAAAUAGGUAGGUCAAACUUUCAGAAGCUUUUAGAACCUAGCCUGCACCAACGUCCUGGAUUCACUCCUUACAGGGUUUUUCUUGGCAAUGUCAAAGACAAGCUCCUCAAGACUCAAAGACGGCUAGAGCUUCAACUUGAGGAUCUGCCAUCUGAACACGAUCCUAGAGAAUACUAUGAAACUACAGAGCAGCUUCUGGAACCACUUACUCUUUGUUACGAGUCUUUGCAUUCAUGUGGAUCUGGCAUUCUUGCUGAUGGGCGGUUAGCAGAUCUGAUAAGAAGAGUAGCAACCUUUGGCAUGGUCUUAAUGAAGCUUGAUUUACGUCAGGAAGCCAGCAGACAUUCUGAAACUCUAGAUGCUGUUUCUAAAUACUUAGACAUGGGAUUGUACACUGAAUGGGAUGAAGAGAAAAAGUUGGAAUUUUUUACAAGAGAGCUGAAAGGAAAACGCCCUCUAAUUCCACUUAGCAUAGAAGUGACUUCAGAUGUGAAAGAGGUUCUCGACACUUUUAGGGUUGCUGCUGAACUAGGGAGUGACUCAUUUGGUGCAUAUGUGAUUUCAAUGGCUUCAAAUGCAAGUGAUGUUCUUGCUGUAGAACUGUUGCAGAAAGAUGCUAGACUUUCAGUCAGUGGGGAACUAGGAAGACCAUGUCCUGGAGGAACGCUUAGAGUUGUCCCUCUGUUUGAAACUGUGAAAGAUCUCAGAGCAGCUGGCUCUGUGAUCAGAAAGUUACUGUCAAUCGAUUGGUACAGGGAGCACAUUAUAAAGAAUCAUAACGGGCAUCAAGAGGUUAUGGUGGGUUACUCUGAUUCUGGUAAAGAUGCUGGGCGAUUUACUGCUGCAUGGGAACUAUACAAGGCUCAAGAGGAUGUUGUUGCUGCCUGUAAGGAGUAUGGAAUUAAAGUUACACUUUUCCAUGGCCGAGGUGGUAGCAUUGGCCGUGGCGGCGGCCCAACAUAUCUAGCCAUACAGUCACAGCCUCCUGGUUCUGUAAUGGGAACCCUUCGGUCAACAGAACAAGGUGAGAUGGUCCAGGCAAAGUUUGGUCUUCCCCAGACAGCAGUAAGGCAACUUGAGAUCUAUACGACGGCUGUACUUCUUGCAACAAUGAAUCCUCCACUCCCACCUAGAGAGGAGAAAUGGCGUCAUGUCAUGGAGGAAAUCUCCAAGGCGAGUUGCAAUUACUACCGGAGCACUGUAUAUGAGAACCCCGAUUUCCUAGGCUACUUCCAGGAGGCCACUCCUCAGGCUGAGCUUGGAUUCCUGAACAUUGGAAGCCGGCCUACACGUAGGAAAGCGUCCACUGGAAUUGGGCACCUUCGGGCCAUUCCAUGGCUCUUCGCUUGGACCCAAACAAGGUUUGUGCUCCCUGCAUGGCUUGGAGUGGGUUCUGGCCUCAAGGAUGCAUGUGAUAAGGGGUACCAAGAAGACCUCAAGGCUAUGUACAAGGAAUGGCCUUUUUUCCAGUCGACCAUUGAUCUUAUUGAAAUGGUAGUCGCGAAGGCUGACAUUCCCAUCGCGAAACAUUAUGAAGAGAUGCUUGUCUCUGAGAGCAGAAGGGCGCUAGGUUCCCAGUUGAGGUCAGAGUUACAGACGACGGAGAAGUUUGUGCUAAUUGUUAGUGGCCAUGAGAAACUCUCGGACAACAAUCGAAGUUUGAGGAGGCUGAUUGAAAACAGGUUGCCAUAUCUUAAUCCACUUAAUCUCUUGCAGGUUGAGAUUCUGCAAAGGCUAAGGCAUGAUGAUGAUAACCAUAAACUUCGGGAUGCACUUCUCAUCACGAUCAAUGGCAUUGCUGCAGGAAUGAGGAACACUGGUUAAUAUGCUUAAUUUCCUUUGUGAUGACACCAGGCCGAGGCUCAACUGCAUCUUAGAAGCUUUCAAAUGUUGUUGCUUAAUAUUUGCUCGCCAGAUAUGGGACUGGACUCGAUAACGAUCUUUUUGUGUUGUUUUAAAAUUUGAUUUUGGUUGUGGUUUUAAGUUGAGAGAUGCUUGUGUUAAUAAAAUGAAGGGUGCACUGGACUUGAAAAUGUUUCUUUUUAA